AUGACUAACGAAGAAUUGUUGCAAUCUCAAAUUAAGAAGCUCGCCGUACUGAAAUCUACACUGGAAAAGUUAUUUGCUCAAGUUCAAAACUGUUAUGACUCCGUGAAGAGAACCACCGUUGAUACAGCUCUUCAGUUCAAGCCUCGGUACGAAAAACUAGAGGUUAUUGAGAUAGAAAUGGAUAAGACUCAGAAUGCAAUUAUUCAGCUAAAUGCAGAUUUAUUGGAUAAUCGCCAUGCUCUCGAAGUCUGUAAGGUGCAAACAGCUUUCGAUGAUUUAGUAUUUAACACACGUGGUCGUUAUUUAGACCUGGUGAAGACACAACCUCCGCAGCAAACCAGCAGUAAUUCGGUCGCCAACAGCAACCAGCAUUUGCCCAGAAUAAAUAUCCCUACGUUCACCGGUCGCAUCGAAGAAUGGUCGGCGUUUUUCUCACUGUUCGAUUCGGUUGUCCACAAAAACGAUGCGUUAUCAGAAGCUGAAAAAUUCCAGUAUUUGCGCUCUUAUCUGCGAGAUGACGCAUUAACAGUCAUUGCCAAUUUUCAUUUAACCCCCGAAAAUUACGCACUGGCGUAUGAGGCAUUGCAACUUCGCUACCAGAAUAAAAGACGGUUGGCGACUCACUACGUCAAUCAAAUUCUAGGUUUUACUCCUUUAUCAUCCCCAAGUUCUAGCAGUUUGAGACAUUUUUUGAAUAUUCAUUCGAAUUCCAUUAAUGUUCUUAAGGCUUUGAAUCUUCAAGACCUUGGUGAUUUUUUGCUGUUUCAAUUAUCGUUUGCAAAUUUGGAUCCUGUAUCUAGAAAAGCUUUUGAGAAUAGGCAAAGUUCAAAUUCCGUUCCCAGCUAUCAGGCGUUAAUUGAUUUCAUAACGGAUCAGAAUCGAACGUACGAACUUCUCUCUCAGGACACAAAAUCACCGAAAUGUAAAUCUCUAUCAGUUAAGUCAUUCCGUGCUUCACUCAUGACAAAUGCCAAAUCCGAUGCCUCCUCUACGUGCUCUGUCCCGUGCGUGCUCUGCAAAGGUUCACAUCCCUUUCCGGCAUGCAACGAAUUUCUCCAGAAAACAAAUGAACAGAAAUAUGAUACGUUGAAGAGAUUGAGACGAUGUUUCAACUGUUUGGGUGCUCAUAAUCGAAAUGAAUGUCAAUCUCGUAAAACUUGUCGUAUUUGUCACAGCAACAAGCAUCACUCCGUGUUACACCAGGAGUCCAAGGUGGAUACCUCCGGAACUAGUACUUCUCCCUCUGUAGAGGAAAGAAAAUCUCCCGUUGUGUUUUCGUGCAAGACCUCAGCGGAGCGCAACACUGUUUUACUAGCGAGUGUGACAGCCCAGAUCCAAGACUGUAAUGGAGAUUAUCACAAGAUAAGAGCUGUGGUUGAUCCCGGCUCUCAAGUAUCAGUGAUUACUUCAUCAACGGCGCAACAUUUGGGAUUAAAAAGAAGCAGAUCUCCCAUUGAAGUUACUGGCAUCGCCAGUUUUCCUGUCCGAACUCAAGGUCUCAUUCGUACCACUCUACGCUCUAGAACUCGUGCUGAUGUCGUAAACGUUCACGCUGUUGUACUUUCGGAUAUUCCUAAUAAAUUUCCUAGUCAGACGUUACCUUCUCACAUUAAGGAUCAGUUCAGUCAUCUAACGUUAGCUGAUGAAAACUUCCAUCAAGCUGCUCGAGUUGAAUUCUUAAUUGGAGCAGAUCUAUAUCCUCACAUUUUAUGUAAUACGCAGCCUAAUGUUAUUCAAGGACAACCCUCUGCCAUUGACACAAUCUUUGGAUGGAUAAUUAUAGGCUCGAUUUCAUCUUCAACAAAUUCCCCCUUGUGUUCUCUUCUCACAUGCACCGAUUCUCUUGAUGAUACCGUUCGUAAGUUUUGGGAAACCGAGACUCUUGCUGAUAACCUUUCAGUCUCAAAUCCUGAAGAUGACUUUUGUCAAGCUCAUUUCAAGGACACGCACUAUCGCGAUCGCUCAGGCAGAUAUGUGGUAUCAAUGCCAGUCCGUGAGCAGCGCUCGCCGCUUCUCAGCAACCGAGAGACAACUCUGAACACUUAUCUCAAAAUGGAAGCUCGAAUGUCUCGGCGUCCCCAACUCAACGCUGCUUAUAUUACUUUUCUCCAAGAAUACCGCGAUCUCGGACAUAUGCAACUAGCCGCACAACCUUCCAUGUACGUAAUGCCUCAUCAUUGUGUUCAAAAGGAAACUAGUUCAACUACCAAAGUGCGAGUUGUGUUUAACGGAUCCUCCCCUGACUCAAACGGGACAACGCUUAAUCAGCAACUUCUGCCCGGUCCUAAGCUACAAAAGGAUUUGAGCCACAUUCUCAUGAAUUUUCGCCUUCAUGCUAUAGCAGUCACAGCGGAUAAUCAACAGAUGUAUAGACAGAUUUGGUUGAAUCCAAAGCAACGUUAUCUCCAGCACAUAUUCUGGAGGCCAGAUCCCGCUUCUAAUGUGCAGGAGUAUGAGUUAAAAACAGUGACAUAUGGUUUAGCACCAUCAGCAUAUCUUGCUCAACGUGUCCUUCUCCAGCUCGUCGAGGACGAAGGGCAUGAGUUCCCAUUGGCAGUACAAGCUAUCACAGAAAGCACCUAUGUGGACGAUAUUGCGCAUGGUGCCUCUACGGUUGAGGAAGCGAAGUCGCUACAGUUACAACUCGCAAACCUACUCAAUCGUGGCGGUUUCCAGCUGAGAAAAUGGGCUAGUAAUGAUCCAAUUGCUCUAGAUCAUGUUCCAGAACAGCAUCGUGAAUCUCCGUUGAAUUUCUCAAGUGACGAUCCUUCUAUUAAGAUUCUUGGAUUACGGUGGGAUCCUCGGUCUGAUACUUUCACCUAUUAUGUACAAGAAUUUGAUUCUCAAGUUACCAAGCGCACUGUUCUUUCUUAUAUCGCUCGAAUCUUUGAUCCCAUGGGGUGGUUAUCUCCAAUUGUAUUUUGGGCUAAGCAUUUUCUGCAACAGAUAUGGAUCUCUAAAGUGGGCUAUGAUGAUAUCCUGCCGCCUUCCCUAUCGGAGGCUUGGGGAAGGUUUUCUUCUCAAAUGCGGUGUCUACGCUCACUUAAAAUUCCUCGAUACAUUCUCCAAAGUUUGCCACGUUUGCUCUUGGUGGGAUUCUCGGACGCUUCCUCUAAAGGAUACUCCGCUUGCAUCUAUUUACAUGCGUAUGAUUCCAGUAGCACUUGUAGCAAUUAUCUUUUGAAGGCCAAGAACAAAGUGGCACCCCUCAAGACAUUGACUAUUCCUCGAUUGGAACUCUGUCUGGAGCGUUGUUAUUAUCUAGACUACUUCGUGAUGUGA